AUGGUCCUGCUAACGAUCACGCCGGCUGCGAAAGUGGCCAUUGAUGCGUAUGUGAAGCAUGAAGCAAACGAAGCCAGUGACGAUGACGCGCUGAGGCAACGGGAGAGACUUGCCCAGGCCGAAGGUGGCAGUCCGAUUGAUCAUCACGAACUGGUGUCCAUCUCACGCCAUCUUGUCCAGCAUAGUGGUGGGUCUGCACGGCAAUGGCGACUUGAUGUGUUGUUAAAGGGCGCAUCCAUCUAUCAGCCGCCUCCGCCGCCCAAGCCAGAGCCAACAUCAGAAUACAAAGCGCUCAUGCAGCGAUUGCGAGUACAAGAAGAACAGAGGCAGUAUGAGCGCAUGAUCAAUCCACCAGCCCCAGAGACCUUUGGAGAACGCUUUCCCAACGCUACCAACUCAUUUGGGCAUGCAGCAUCUUCUGCCGACGACAUUGAUGAAGUGACAUAUGCGGAUGUCAACAGACAGAUGAUAUUGAUCAUCAAUGUACUAGUCUCAAUCAUCUGUACCAGCGUGGCGGUGUGGAUGGCCGCACGUCGUUGGAGUGUCCCACAGCGACUUGCCUUGGCCUUUUCCAGUAGCACCCUUGUUGCUGUUGCAGAGGUAGCAAUUUACAUGGGUUACAUCAGGCGAAUUGAGGAGUCCAAGACAAAGGAGAGGAAACUUGUCGAGAAGAAGGAAAUUGUCGAUACGUGGCGCGAGUGGGGCGACGUCGAACAUCUGUUCUGCGUCAGAAGCUGGACAACAUCAUCGUGCAAUCAACGUAAGAUGGCGACGAAGGACUUCCACCACCCCUUCCAGCCCUAUGAGAUCCAACAGCAGUUCAURGAGGCAGUCUAUCAGUGCAUUGAGCAAGGCAAGGUUGGCAUUUUUGAAUCUCCCACAGGCACUGGCAAAUCUCUGAGCUUGAUCUGCGGAUCUUUGACCUGGUUGCGUGAGCACAAGCGCAAGACAUAUGAUGAAGCAGUCGCCACUGUCGAGCUUGACGACGAUGAACCAGAAUGGAUGAGGGAGCACGCGGUGGCAUCUCGCGGCCAAGAGAUCAGACAGAUGAGAGCGGACUUUGAGGCGCGUCUGGCCAGGGUGCGAGAGCGGGAGAGCAAACUCAAAGAGCGGUCUGCGAUUCCAAAUGUCGAGCGGCCGAUGAAACGGCAAAAGACGUCUCAUGCCGCAGCUCAGGACGAAGACGAUGGGGAAGACCAGUUCGUUCUGGACGACUACGAUAGUGACGAGGAACGCAGCAAUUCGAGAACCCACGAUUUCUCGCCGGAGGUCGCCAAGCUGAUGAAAAAGAUGGGGUUGCUCCCUGAGAGCGAUCAAGGACGUGCGAAGGACGACGAAGUCGACGAGCUCAAGAUCUACUUCUGCUCCAGAACCCAUUCGCAACUUACGCAAUUCACUGGUGAAUUGAAGAGAGUUGUGCUUCCGCCAGGUCUCCCCCUAGAUGAGAAUGAUACAAGUCCUGUGGAAGAAAUUAAACAACUUACACUGGGCUCUCGCAAUAACCUCUGCAUCAACUCGAAGGUAAAUAAGCUUUCGACCAACACCGCAAUCAACGAGCGUUGUAUCGAGCUGCAGCAAUCGAAUACCCCCGCAUCAAAGAAGUGCUCAUUCCUGCCCAACAAAGAUAGCGAGGAUGUUGUACUCGAUUUCAAAGACCACGCGCUGGCGAAGAUCCGUGAUAUAGAGGACCUAGCUAUGCUUGGUAAGAAGCUUCAAGUCUGCCCUUACUAUGCAUCGAGACCUGCCAUUGGAAACGCCGAGAUCGUCACUCUACCAUAUCCACUGCUCCUCCAAAAAUCUGCACGAGAAGCACUUGGAUAUAGCCUCAAGAACCACAUCGUAAUCAUUGAUGAGGCUCAUAACCUCAUGAACGCUGUGGAAGGCACCUACUCGUCGCAGAUAUCAGACGCCCAACUUCAGCGAACGAAAAGUGGACUGAUCAAUUAUCUCCAAAGGUUUCGAAAUCGCUUGAAAGGAAGUAAUCGAUUGUAUGCUACCCAGGUGGUCCGUGUUAUAGACUCGCUGCUCGCUUUCACUAGCAGUGUCAAAGACCACAACAGCACCGGCGGCUCAGUCAAUCCUAGCGCUCUUUUGGCAGGAAAAUCUGUGGACCAGAUCAAUCUCACAAAGCUUGUACGAUACAUCAAUGAGAGCAAGUUGGCGCGGAAAGUCGAAGGAUACGCCGCAUAUGCCUCUCAGGCAGACCCUGCUCUACCAUCGAAAACAGACUCAACGAACAUCGUCGAGGCCGCCGAUGUUCCCACCCUAACGCACAUUCAGAACUUUCUCACAGCUCUGAUGAAUCCCUCUCGCGAAGGCAGAUUCCUCUGGUCUAAAGAGGAAGGUUCUCUUAUCGUCCGCUACCUCCUUCUCGAUCCUUCUGCGCACUUCCGCGRGAUUGUAGAAGACGCAAGAGCAGUCAUUCUUGCUGGAGGAACCAUGUCGCCGAUGGAGGAUUACCGACAGCAGCUGUUCCCAUACCUCGACUCCAUCACCACGUUCUCAUGCGGCCACCUCAUUCCGCCGAGCAGCCUCUUCGUCCGCGCCAUCACAUCCGAUACGGAUGGGCGGAUAGACUUUACAUUCAAGGCACGGAGCGAUCAGACCGCGAUACGGUUGGGCAGGGCCUUGAUAUCUAUUGCCGAGAGGGUUGAGGGUGGAAUGGUAGUCUUCCUCCCUAGCUACGGGUACUUGGAGACACUGCUCAAACUUUGGAAAUCGAAUGCCACUACUUCGAAGUUGGAGAUGAUCAAGCCUACAUUCUGCGACAGUCGUUCCGGCUCUACAGACCGCACAUUCAAACUCUACAGCGAGGCUGUCAGCACCGACAAACGUCGUGGGGCUCUCCUGUUCUCCGUCCUCGGUGGAAAGCUCWCGGAAGGCAUAAACUUUGCAGAUGAUCUAGGUCGAUGUGUAGUCGUCGUCGGUUUGCCAUUUCCGAAUAUUGAAAGCCCGGAUCUGAAGAUGAAGAUGCAGUAUUUGGACAACAAGGCUGUGGAGAGAGGCGAAUCAAGAGGGAAGGCUGGGAAGGAGUAUAUCGAGAACUUGUGUAUGAGAAGUGUGAAUCAGGCCAUCGGACGUGUCAUCAGGCAUAAGGAUGAUUGGGCUAGUAUAUUGCUAUUCGAUGCUAGAUAUGUGAAUGACAGGAUACGAGGAAAGUUACCUGGGUGGAUCAGGAGYAGUGUGGAUGAGAAGGAGAGUGGGAACGUGCAGGAGGUGGUCGCGGGUGUUGGAACGUUCUUCAAAGGCAGGGCUCGCUGA